AUGUCACAGCCGCCAGCAACAGCCGGAAUCGCUACUUCUCGCUUCAACUUCCACCAUCGACCGGUACAAACACGAACACAAACACGAUCGACGCUCUACCUACAAAGUCAGCCGUACUCAACCCUUUCACGUGUUUGCUCCCGAGUCUACCUAGCCAAGAAUAAUCAACCUAUCUGCUACAUAAUGCGUCUCGAGAUCAACGUCCGAGUUGGCUACGUCAGUCUGCAGUGCUUGGAGGCUCCUUCCCAGAACAUUUGGCGGAGGAAGCUGAGAAAUGCUAUAUUUGUCUGGCCUUGGUCUAGUGUUUCUCCUAGCUUUACUUGGUUGACGCUAUACAAAUGUCCCAAAAUUUCAUUUGUCCCGCUUGCUGCCCUUGUCAAGGAGAAACUUUCGACGCCUGGUCACCCAAUGCGUCCAAGUUUACCGUCUGUAUUUUCUGGAUCGAGGCGAAAUGGUAUCUACGUGGUCACGAUACACUUCGGACCGGAAUCCUGUUUGCUCUCUCCUCAAUCUUUUAUGAGCAUUUUGGACGCCAACUUCCUCGCCAACCGGUUAUGGAGUCAGAAUCUACUCAAGUCCGUCCUGAAUCUGUCAUCAGCCAGAACGGUCGAUGAGCACCUCAGGAAAACGUCUCUCGAUAGUGUUCUAUUGAUGCCUCGUAACCGGUAA